AUGCCACAGCUAGAGACUGUUCUUAGAGCCUACGAGGAGGUGACCUCAAAAGUGCAAAACCCAGCACGGAUUCAUCUAAGGUCACAGGAAUCGGGAACUCCUUUCGACUUCACAUUCGAGGCCUUGCGUCCAAACUUGUUCCGGACGACAUUCUCAUCUACGACACACCCUCUGCCGCCAUAUCCCUCGGCAGCAGAACCCGCAGCUAAAAUUGACCACACGAAAUUAGUCGUUGACAAAUCCACUUCCGGUUAUGCCCUAGAGCUUGAAGAUGUCGAAGUCACUUUAGAGUGGAACAAUGCACCAUGCGUUUCUCUCGGCUUUGUGGGAUCGAAGACAAAACUUCAUUCUGACCUUGACUAUCGUUCGUAUGUGAUAGAUGGCCAAGGUGUCAGUCACUACGUCCAACAUGAUAGGAAAGCAUUGCAUGUCGGUCUUGGAGAGAAGUCGGCCCCAAUGGAUCUUACUGCAAGAGGGUUCCAGAUCUCCGCCACAGACUCCUUUGGCUAUGAAGCAUAUGCCACCGAUCCACUUUACAAGCACGUGCCAUUUCUUGUCAAGGUGACUCCUGAAGGGUGCGUCGGCAUGUUUUCGACCAGUCAUAGCAGGGGCUCAUGGGCUGUCGGAUCAGAGAUCGAUGGUCUUUGGGGCCAUUUCAAAGUCUACCGACAGGACUAUGGUGGACUGGAGGAGUAUCUUCUUGUUGGGCGCACGCUCAAAGACGUUGUUCGAACUUAUGCCGAACUAGUUGGGUUCCCACUGCUCGGUCCACGGUGGGCAUAUGGCUACCUCUCGGGCGGUUAUAAGUACACCAUGGGAGACGACCCUCCGGCCAAUGAGCAAUUGAUGGAUUUUGCCGACAAGCUAGAGCAGCAUGAUAUUCCAUGCUCAGGCCAUCAGAUGAGCUCCGGUUACUCAAUCGCUGAAAAGGAACCUCGCGUCCGGAACGUCUUUACCUGGAACAACCACCGCUUCCCAAACCCCGAGGAAUGGAUCGAGAAAUACCAUGCCCGGGGUAUACGACUGCUGACCAAUAUCAAGCCUUUUGUACUAGACUCCCAUCCCGAUUACAAGUAUUUGGUCGACAACAAUGGGCUGUUCACUGAUCCUCAGACUAAAAAAAAUGCCGAAGCGCGGCUCUGGAGUGCGGGCGGCGGCGAGAGUGGAAUUGGCGGCCAUGUCGACUUUACCUCACCUGCGGCCUACGAGUGGUGGGCUCGAGGCGUGGAGAAGCUCAAAGAACAAGGCAUUGAUGCGAUGUGGAACGACAACAAUGAAUACACGUUGCCAAACGACAACUGGCAACUCUCUUUACAAGCCGUCCCUGGAAGGAGGAAGGACGCCGCCGAAAACAAGGUUGGCUUGUGGGGUCGAGCCAUGCAGACAGAGUUGAUGGCCAAAGCCUCAUACGAAGGUCUCCUCCGGGCCGAAGGGGGCAUUCGACCAUUUGUUUUGACAAGAAGCGCCAGCGUGGGAACGCUACGUUAUGCGUGUAGCUCAUGGAGCGGGGAUAACAUGACGAGCUGGGAAAGCAUGAAAGCUUCGAAUGCAUUAUCCAUAAAUGCAGGCAUCAGUCUGAUGCAAUUUUAUGGCCACGAUAUAGGAGGCUUUGAAGGACCCCAGCCUUCCCCCGAACUGCUUCUCCGAUGGGUUCAGCUUGGGUGUCACCAAAUCCGCUUUGCAAUUAAUUGUUUCAAGACGAGUCCUGAAGACAAUCAGGCAGGCGAAGUCAUUGAACCAUGGCAAUAUCCUGACAUCAUUCCGAACAUACGUGCCGCAAUCAAACGAAGAUACGAAAUCAUGCCAUACAUAUAUUCAUUGGGACUUGAAAGUCAUUUGACUGCGAGCCCUCCACAGAGAUGGAUCGGAUGGGGCUAUGAGUCUGACCCAGAGGUUUGGACAAAAGUCCUGAAGAGGGGUGAAGAGCAAUAUUGGUUCGGCGAUACAUUGCUCAUCGGAGGUGUCUAUGAGCCUGGAGUUGAUCAUGCAAAGUUAUACCUGCCUCGAAAGUCUAAUGAUGGCGCAUUUGACUUUGGCUACGUCAAUCUGAACGCGCCAUACGAGUAUCUCGCAGCAGGCCAGUGGGUCACAAUUGCAUCACAAUGGCGAGACAGCAUCCCUGUGCUGGCAAAGAUCGGUGGCGCCAUCCCGACCGGAAAACAAGUGCAAACGAGAAUGCCUGGUGAGCUUCGUCCGAAAUGCCAGCGUCUUGAGGAGGAUGACUACCGAGGUAUCGAGAUUUUCCCGCCACAAGGCAGCUCGCAUGAUAGGAUAUUCUCCACUACCUGGUAUGAGGACGAUGGGCAAUCUGCGCAACCGAAAAUCUCGUCCUGGACCGUGUCUUACAGCUCUACUAAGGAGAAAAUCAUCGUAGCACUGAAAUCAGACGCAGGCAAUGUCUUCAUCCCGCCGUGGACAGAAGUUGUCUUCAUUCUGCCACACCGAGACUCAAGAUACAUUGAGUCAGCUGGUGGAUCGAUCUUGGAAUGUGUUGAUUCGAGUUCUGGGAGAGUCCAGUAUAAGAUGCUGGUGCCGGAACAUGCAAGUCGACCUAUCUCCAACGGGCAUCCCUGA